AUGAAAGGCCAAACGGGCCAUUAUCAAGUCACGCGCGAUAUUGCGGUUUUACUUAAACGAUCCCACAACGGAAAAUUUGAUGGCGUGGGGGCACCUAUAAUUCUACAAAGCGACAAUGGCAGAGAAUUUGCAAACCGUAUAAUCAAAAAUCUUGCUGAAAUGUGGCCCGGUUUGAAGUUGGUCCAUGGAAAACCUCGCCAUUCGCAAAAUCAAAGGUUCGUAGGUAGAUCAAAUCAAGAUGAAAGGUUGGCUGAUCAACACACAACGAAAUGGUCUGAAGGGCUGCGAUUUGUGCAAAGCAAUAAAAAUUGUUCUCUGCAUACAGGAAUAAUUAAAAGUCCUUAUGAAGCUAUGUUCGGCGUGCCUGAGAAGAUCGGUCUCAUGCAUUCGUCAAUUCCAGAAAAACUUUUGUCUAACAUCGAAACAGAACAAGAGUUACAAAGUUGUGCGGUCAGAAUAAUUCAGACGAAAAUAAAUGUUCAGUUUGUUACCUACCUAGUCUAUCUAAUGAAGCAAAUUGAGAGAGUGAACAGAAAAUUACAUGUAACCGAUGUUUACGAACUGAGAAAAUGGUUGUCCUUUCGAACUCAAGAUGUAGGAAGAACUGUUAUUGUACGAGUACCUGAUAGAGGUAUACUUGCCCCGAGAAAUGUGUUAGCUGUUGUACUCAGUAUUAACGACUCUGGACUUUAUCAGCUUGGUAUAUUAUAA